CCCUGGUGUCAAUAUUCAGUGGUUAUUCAGUGUGUUAAAAUAAAGGAUAAGAUUUUGCAUGUUGCAAAGCCAUCCUCUCGGCUGUUUUUUGUAGCAUUUGAAAGAGUUAAGCCUAAAACCGGAAUGUCUUGGGAAUGUUGGCAGAGAGAAGCGAGAGCUGCUUUUUUUUUCACCCUGGAUGGAAUCCCAGCACUCUGAAAGCUAAGUGAUGACUUUGGAUCUAACUAUGUUUCUUGGUUCCACUGCAGAGAGCUGGGAAGUGAGAUGCAAAGUAACCGAGAAGCCCUUUGUAAGGGAUGUCUGAUUCCCUGCCUGUCCCAGGACAGAUAUUUUUACCUUGUCCCUAGUGAUUCCUGGGGGCAGCAGAAUUUGAUAUGAGAAGAUACAUAUGGAUCCUUGAAAGAAAUAAUUUCCUUAAGGAGGGGAAAGAAACAUCCCAACCGGCUUAUUUUGGCUGCAGCUGUUUCUCCUUUGAUGGAAAUCAUUGUGACACUUGAACCUUGCAUUUCAUAAGGAGUCUAGGAAUUAGCUAACUGCCUUUGAUAGGGGGUGCUGGGUCUUUCAUGAGACUAGCUGGCAUGGCUGCCGUACUUUUUGGCUUUGAGGAUCUGCUCUACAGUUGGGACAGCCUGGUGUGGAACUUGACUUCACGGGCUCUAAGGACUUGCCGGUUUGGAAAUCUGCGGGUCCUGCAGCUGAUGCUGAAGCCAUGGUGCAUUUCCAGAGCGGUUUACCAGAUGACGGAGGGCCGCCGAUGUCAAGUGCACCUCCUCGAUGACAGGAAGCUGGAACUUCUUGUGCAGCCAAAGCUUCUGGCCAAGGAGCUGCUCGACCUGGUGGCAUCUCAUUUCAACCUGAAGGAGAAAGAAUACUUUGGAAUUGCCUUCACAGAUGAAACGGGACAUUUAAAUUGGCUUCAGCUGGACCGUAGAGUGCUAGAACAUGACUUUCCCAAAAAGUCAGGACCGGUUGUUUUGUACUUCUGUGUCAGGUUCUACAUUGAGAGCAUAUCUUAUUUAAAGGAUAAUGCCACCAUCGAGUUGUUUUUCUUGAAUGCAAAGUCCUGUAUUUACAAGGAACUCAUUGAGGUUGACAGCGAGGUGGUGUUUGAAUUGGCCGCUUACAUCUUGCAGGAGGCGAAAGGAGAUUUUGCAAGCAAUGAAAUUGUAAAGACCGACUUGAAGAAGCUUCCAGCCCUUCCAACGCAAGCCCUGAAGGAGCACCCUUCCCUUGCUUACUGUGAGGACAGAGUCAUCGAGCAUUACAAGAAACUGAGUGGUCAGACAAGAGGCCAAGCAAUUGUAAAUUACAUGAGCAUUGUAGAAUCCCUCCCAACGUAUGGAGUCCAUUAUUAUGCAGUAAAGGACAAGCAGGGAAUUCCUUGGUGGUUAGGACUUAGCUACAAGGGCAUUUUUCAGUACGACUACCAUGACAAAGUGAAACCAAGAAAGAUCUUCCAAUGGAGGCAGCUGGAGAACCUGUACUUCCGAGAGAAGAAGUUUUCCGUGGAAGUUCAUGACCCGCGCAGAGUCAGAGGAAACCCUGGCAUAAACACAGCUCAUUCUAUCCUCUUGUCUAGGGCAUCUGUGACCAGGAGAACGUUUGGGCACAGUGGCAUUGCUGUGCAUACAUGGUACGCCUGCCCUGCAUUGAUCAAGUCCAUUUGGGCUAUGGCCAUUAGCCAGCACCAGUUCUACCUGGACAGAAAGCAGAGUAAGUCCAAGAUUCAUGCUGCAAGAAGCCUAAGUGAAAUCGCUAUUGACCUGACUGAAACUGGAACGCUGAAGACUUCAAAACUAGCCAACAUGGGAAGCAAAGGCAAAAUUAUCAGCGGCAGCAGUGGCAGUCUUUUGUCAUCAGGUUCCCAAGAGUCGGAUAGCUCUCAGUCUGCCAAGAAAGACAUGCUGGCUGCAUUGAAAUCCAGGCAGGAAGCUCUGGAAGAGACACUGCGCCAGCGACUGGAGGAACUAAAGAAACUGUGUAUCCGAGAAGCGGAGCUCACAGGAAAGCUGCCCAGGGAAUACCCCCUAGAUCCAGGGGAGGAGCCACCUAUUGUAAGGAGAAGAAUAGGGACUGCCUUUAAACUGGAUGAACAGAAAAUACUGCCUAAAGGAGAGGAAGCCGAGCUGGAGCGCCUGGAGAGGGAAUUUGCAAUUCAGUCACAGAUCACUGAGGCUGCUCGGCGACUGGCCAGCGACCCCAAUGUCAGCAAAAAGCUGAAGAAACAAAGGAAAACCUCCUACCUUAAUGCCCUAAAGAAACUGCAGGAGAUCGAAAACGCCAUCAACGAGUACCGCAUCAAAUCUGGAAAGAAGCCAACGCAGAGAGCCUCCCUGAUCAUAGACGAAGGAAACAUCGCCAGUGAAGAUAGCUCCCUCUCAGAUGCCCUUGUUCUUGAGGACGAGGAUUCUCAGGUUACCAGCACAAUAUCCCCCUUACAGUCCCCUCACAAAGGACUCCCUCCCCGGCCGCCCCUACAUAACCGACCACCUCCUCCACAAUCGUUGGAAGGACUCAGACAAAUGCACUACCACCGGAAUGAUUAUGACAAAUCCCCUAUCAAGCCCAAGAUGUGGAGCGAGUCAUCCCUGGAUGAACCCUACGAGAAGGUCAAGAAACGCUCCUCACACAGUCAUUCCAGUCAUAAGCGGUUCCCCAGCACAGGAAGCUGUGCAGAGGCAGGAGGGAGCAGCUCUCUGCAAAAUAGCCCCAUCAGGAGCCUCCCGCAUUGGAAUUCCCAGUCCAGCAUGCCAUCCACACCAGAUCUACGGCUACGCAGUCCGCAUUAUGUCCAUUCCACAAGGUCAGUAGACAUCAGCCCGACCAGAAUGCACAGCUUGGCUCAGCACUUUAGACACAGAAGCUCCAGCUUAGAGUCACAAGGCAAGCUCCUUGGGUCAGAGAACGAGACGGGGAGCCCCGAUUUCUACACCCCAAGGACUCGUAGCAGUAAUGGCUCUGACCCCAUGGACGACUGCUCUUCCUGCACCAGCCAUUCCAGCUCUGAGCACUACUACCCUGCUCAGAUGAACCCCAACUACUCCACUCUGGCCGAGGAUUCCCCCUCAAAAGCCAGAGAGCGGCAGAGACAAAGACACAAAUCUGCGGGAAACCUGGUCUCGUCUAAUUCAGGGAGUAUGCCCAACCUGGCGGCACGGAACGGAACCGGGCACCCCGGCGUCUAUCUGCACAGCCAGAGCCAGCCUUCCUCUCAGUACAGGAUCAAAGAGUACCCCCUGUACAUCGAAGGCAGCUCCACACCCGUGGUGGUGCGCAGCCUGGAGAACGACCAGGAGGGACACUACAGCGUGAAAGCACAAUUUAAAACCUCCAACUCCUACACGGCAGGGGGGAUGUUUAAAGAGAACUGGCCUGGGGACGAAGUGGACUCGGUGAGACUGACCCCCUCCCGUUCUCAGAUCAUAAGGACUCCGUCUCUGGGCAGAGAAGGCCAUGAGAAGGGCUCGGGCAGGACUGCAGUAUCAGACGAACUCCGGCUGUGGUACCAGCGGUCCACAGCCUCCCACAAGGAGCACAGCCGCCUGUCGCACACAAGCUCCACCUCCUCAGACAGCAGCUCCCAAUACAGCACAUCUUCUCAAAGCACCUUUGUGGCACACAGCAGGGUAACGAGGAUGCCUCAAAUGUGUAAAGCAACAUCAGCUGCCUUACCUCACAGCCAGAGGAGUUCAACACCAUCUAGUGAACUAGCAGCUACACCACCAAGCAGUCCCCACCACAUCGUAGCAUGGCAGACUGGGAACUACACCGAUAGCUGUUUCCUGGAUUCUCCCCUCUAUCCAGAACUAGCAGAUGUCCAGUGGUAUGGACAGGAAAAAGCCAAGCCUGGGACUCUAGUGUGAACCCCUGACCUCAAUCGGAUCACAUCAAUGCCAUUCUGAGAUCACCUCACUGCCUCUCAUUUGCCUUACCCAGAUGCACUGUCGCCCGGCACCAGCUUCAGUGCUAAGCACUUUUCUCGAAAUGCGAUUCGAGACGCCAUUACAGAUACUGGCCCCCAGGAUGCUUCCGCAACCACCAACAGAUAGCAGUGUUUCAAAGCAGAUUGCCAUGGACUGAGAUACAACUCCUCUUGCUCAAAGGGCCGGGAGGUGGGGACAACAUAUAUGAAUAAGUAUGUUAGCAGCCAGAUGGCAGGGUUUUUUUUCUUUAAAAUACUGAAAGCCUUUCAAGGUAUAAGUACAAUCUUAUUGGUCUAUGGCAUGGGAAAAUAGUAAGAUUUCUACAGCUUGCAAUCUGAAGCCAACAAAACAUUAGUUAAGAUGGCGAGAAACAGUAGUUGUGAAAUAUAUUCCUUACUCCUGAAGUAUUUAUUUGGAGUAAAGAAAAGCUCCUCUUGCUUCAGAGAUGUGUCAGAAUAUCGCAAUCAGUUCACUGCUGCCAAGAUAUCAGAAUUCCUACGAGACGAGCGCAUGGGCAGCGUCUCUGUAAAUUUGCCCAUUUCCUACAAUUUGAAAACUGUUUUUACUUCCUUCCUCAGUUCAAGCCCUUCCAAAAAAUAAAACAACAACCACCACCACCCAUUGGGAUGAAGACACACCAGAGCUCUGGACUGGGAUCGUAAAAUCAGUCUUGAAAAGCUGCUGUUUAAACUGGACAGACACAAAGGUUUACAAGGGUAUUAUCUAAAGCAGAGGCAAGUACUGCUACUCUUAGCAUCUCUGGCUGACACAGGCUAACCACCAACACAUAUAAUUUUUUUUGUAACAUGAUAAAUUAAGGUGAAAAUUGCCAAAAGCCGUUCUAUGAAUAGAAAUAACCAAUAAAGGAUAUCCUAUUUAUGCACAAAGUGUUUAACAUGAAAUCAAAGGAAAGCACAUUACAAGCUAAUCGACAUGGUAACGCCACAUUAGCAUAACAGUUCUGAUUAUUACGCUUUUGGUAGUGCCAGUGUAGCAAAGGGCUCAUCACCAAAGUAUUGCUAUCCAAGGGACCCCGCUAUGUUAUAAAGCGGAGGGUUCAGUCGUGUUCUCUACUAACCCGCGGACUAGGCAAAUUUUCAGAUUGCAGGAAGGGACCAUAAUAAAUAAAAGCUAAUUAAUUAGUAACCUUGAUGCACUCGACACAGACUCUAGUUGUCCACGGAUACCAAAAGGAAACACAGGAGAGAGUCGUGACAGGAGCGGCAAGUUUACAUGUACUUUGGAGCAAUGCUUUACACAUGUGGAGCCAUCAAACAGCCUCAGAGACACUUUUGUACUGAACUAGUGCACACGCUAGGUGGGGGGUUGAAACUGGCACGUCUCAUCUUCGCUACGGUGCUAUGCUGUUUUUAUUGUCACUAGAUGGGACAGGUUCUCGCCCCAUUUGUGCAUGCGGAUGACGAUUUCCUAUGGGAAAGGCAAUUAAAGAAAUGGCUGGAGGGGGUUACUUUGUGAAAAGCAGAAACUGAUGUUAGCUUUAGUUUAAAGAAAUAAAGUGUGCUUGCGUGCGUGCGUGUGUGUUCGAAGAAUAAUGCUAGUCUGCCAGACAAGGAGGGCAGGAAAUUUAAAAGUAAACUUGAGGGCUGCCACACCUUUUUCUUGUAAUAGUAUCGCUGGAAAACUGUUUGACCAGAAGCUUUCAAGAGCACAGAUUCCCCAUAACUAGGCUUAGAAAGAUCAGGGAUAGGGAGAGUGUUUAAAAAUGAAUGUUAGCAGUUACUACAAGUGCUUGUUUCUACAUCGUUUAUACAUGUAUUGACUUAUUUUAAUAUUCUGCACUUAUCUGCUACCUUGCAGUCUCCCAAUACUCCUGGGAGGCACCGUAGGAACUGUGGCUGGGGGCCAGUGAGGCACGGGGUGGUUAUCUGACUUGCCCAAGAGCAUGUAGGAGGAAAUAGAACUCAGAUCUAACUUCUGUGCUGUUAGCUAUAAAAAAUACCUCUCCAUAGAGCUGACAAAUUUUUGCACUGGCAGGAAAUUUAAAUUUAAAACACUAAAGCCUCUGUUUGCCAAAAGCUAGGAAUGGGUGACGGGAUGGAUCACUUGAUGAUUACCUGUUCUGUUCAUUCCCUCUGGAGCACCUGGCAUUGGCCACUGUUGGAAGACAGGAUACUGGGCUAGAUGGACCUUUGGUCUGACCCAAUAUGGCCAUUCUUAUAUACUAAUCAUUCCAAACAUAACGUCUGUGGAAGUCAAGAAUCAUUAGAUAUUUAGAAAUAAAAAACAUAAUUGACAAUAAUAAUCAAUCUUGCUAACCAAGCACAAGGCAGAUCUGACAACCAGGAGAGUGCACCUGUUCAUCUAAAAGUGCAGAAUACCAAGUGUGUUUAAUUUUCCCUCUCUAAAUAUGAAUUGCUAACGAGGGGCUUGUUCUUAUUGCCCCUCCUCUGUUUUUGGAUGGAGAGAAGACAUCAUUGAUUAAUAUCCAUUGCUGAUUAAACUCUAAUCCUUCCAAGUCUAACUACAAACAGAGGGCCCAAGUUAAUCACCAGGCAGGAAUUAGCCCAAGAAGUUCCGGGGCUUUGAGCAACUGUCUAUAUUUUCAUUUCCCUUGUAAAUAAUUUUUCUGUGUAGCCUUUUUUAUUUAAAAGGAUUCACGCCCAGCAGCACAACAAGGCCUCUGGACUACUGUAAUACAAAUUACUAAUCAAAAUUAAUGGCUCCAGAAUCAGAGCAGGCCCUGCAGUUUUGCACAGGGGCAAAGGGGUGGCAGCCCUGAAGUGCAUGAUGUAAGUCACAUUGCAAACAAUUUGGUCAGCCUGCAUUGCCAACAGGCUGGAGAUCAGAAAAAUCUUUUGAGAAACGGAUUGGGUUUUGCGUUGUGGUCUGCUUCUCUGGUUUGCAAUCAAGGCACACGUGAGCUAGUCUGGUAGUAAAGACAGAUUAAGUAAAACAGGUUUUACUGUUUAGCUCAAUUCAAUUCUACACAAAUGUACAUACAAUGUUAAUCAAAUUAGAUUAACAUGGUUAAGUAUAACAUGGAGGGGUAAAACAGAACUGUUAUAUACAAGCACUUGACUACCAACUUACCAACCUCUUUUUUUUUUUUUUUUUUUUUUUUUAAAUAAAGGCCCUUUUCGGAUAUAAAGCCACUGUUACAUUCUUAGUCUCUACGUAUGAAACUCCCUUGGUUUAGCCAGAAGCACGGUGUAUGCAUACACCAGGCCAUAUUGUGAGGCAGGGUUUAUUUUUAAAUGAUACUAUAUGCAGUCGAGUGUUGAAAAGGUCACAUUUGUUUUCCCUCUGUAUUAGUUUUAGUUUUGGACAUAGCAAACCCCAUUCAGGUGCUAUCAGAUGACCAGUUACUGCUUAGUUAACUAGAUGUAAAGUUUUACAUAUAUAUUAAUGUCAAUAGUUUUAUUACAAGUUGUGUAAAAUGGAUUCUCUAGUUUAAACAGGAAAAAAAUUAGGUCUCUCUCUGAAACUGAUUUUAGAGCAUGUAAAAUGAUUUUACUGGAUUCUGUUCACCUGUAAUCAAGGGACAAAUAUGUAUGGUGUAGAAAAAAUUGCAGAAUUUAAAAAAAAAAUCUGCUUUUAAUUUAUUCUUUUUGUAUUAAGAAUUUGUAUAGUUACCUUUACAUUUUGCAAAACAGUGUUGUCAACACUUCCUUAUUAAAGCAUUUUCAAAAUGAAA